GGCGCCAAGAGCUCGGCCACGGUGAGCCGCAACCUCAACCGCUUCUCCACCUUCGUCAAGUCUGGUGGGGAGGCCUUCGUGCUGGGCGAGGCGUCGGGCUUCGUGAAGGACGGGGACAAGCUGUGCGUGGUGCUGGGCCCCCGGGGCCCCGAGUGGCAGGAGAACCCCUACCCCUUCCAGUGCUCCAUCGAGGACCCCACCAAGCAGACCAAGUUCAAGGGCAUGAAGAGCUACAUUGCCUACAAGCUGGUGCCCAGCCACACCGGCCAACAGGUGCACCGCCGCUACAAGCACUUUGACUGGCUCUACGGGCGGCUGGCCGAGAAGUUCCCCGUCAUCUCCGUGCCCCACUUGCCGGAGAAGCAGGCCACCGGCCGCUUUGAGGAGGACUUUAUCUCGAAACGUCGCAAAGGCCUGGCCUGGUGGAUGGACCACAUGUGCAGCCACCCUGUGCUGGCUCAGUGCGACGCUUUCCAGCACUUUCUCACCUGUCCCAGCACGGAUGAGAAGGCCUGGAAGCAAGGCAAGCGCAAGGCCGAGAAGGAUGAGAUGGUGGGUGCCAACUUUUUCCUGACCAUCAGUGUUCCCACAGGCCCCGGGGCCAGCCUGGACUUGCAGGAGGUGGAAAGCCAGGUGGAUGGCUUCAAAGCCUUCACGAAGAAGAUGGACGAGAGUGCCCUGCAGCUUAAUCACACGGCCAAUGAGUUUGCCCGCAAACAAGUCACUGGUUUCAAGAAGGAAUACCAGAAGGUGGGGCACUCCUUUAAGUGUCUCAGUCAGGCUUUUGAGCUGGACCAGCAGGCCUUUUCGGCUGGCCUCAACCAAGCCAUAGCCUUCACUGCAGAAGCCUACGACGCCAUCGGGGACCUCUUUGCAGAUCAGCCCCGGCAGGACCUAGAUCCUGUGAUGGAUUUGUUAGCGCUGUAUCAGGGGCAUUUGGCCAACUUCCCAGACAUCAUCCACGUCCAGAAAGGAGCCCUUACCAAAGUAAAGGAGAGUAAGCGGCACGUGGAAGAGGGGAAGAUGGAGCUCCAAAAAGCCGAGGGGAUUCAAGAACGCUGUAACAUUAUUUCUUUUGCGACCCUAGCAGAAAUUAAUCAUUUCCACAAAAUUCGUGUGAGGGACUUUAAAUCACAGAUGCAGCAUUUCUUGCAACAGCAAAUACUCUUUUUUCAAAAAGUGACACAAAAGCUAGAAGAAGCUCUUCACAAGUAUGACAGUGUUUAA